GUGCUUGCUGUUAUCACAUGCUGGGGAAAGGAUCACGUGAAGAGGCGGGGAAUCAGCCCUGCAGAGCCUGGGUGGCAUCGUGGUGUUGCUGGUGGGAUCCUGGGAGCUCUGCCCCGAUGGCGUUUGUAACCCAGCAUCAGAUCCAAAAGCUACUUGUAUUACAUUCAUUUUGAGUGUGUGAGGACCCUGUUGUGGCUGCAAACUCUCCCAGAGGGCACCUUGUCCCACAGAGCUCUUGGAGGAAUUUCUCUUGUGCCCUUCUGUCUCCUCUGCUCAGCUCUCAUCCAUGAACUCGAAAUCUGCCUGUCAAAGGAUAAUCUCCAGGGUAUUCUAUAUAAAGAAACAGUAGUGCCAACAGCGUUCACUUCGUUUUGUAAGGGAUUGUGUAGUGAGCUGUGAAAAACCAUCCAGGGAUUUUUCCCUUGGAGAAAGUGCUUUCCAGCUUGUAAAGGAAUCUCACUCUUAUUUGGCAUAUAGUUCCGCGAGGAUGGCUUCCUUGUCCUAGAGCAUUUUUUCACUGCAGAGGAGUGUGACAGCAUGAGGAAUCAGAUUCAAAGAAUCAUAGCAGAGAUGGAAGUGCCACUGCACUGCCGCACCGAGUUCUCCACCAAAGAAGAGGAGCAGCUCCAGGCGCAGAUGCAGGGUAGCUCGGAUUAUUUCCUAACCAGUGGAGACAAGAUUAGAUUCUUCUUUGAGAAAGGUGCUUUGGAUGAGAGAGGUAACUUUCUAAUUCCAAAGGAGAAAUCCGUCAGCAAGAUUGGCCACGCUUUACAUGCUUGUGAUCCUGUCUUCAAGCAAAUCACCCACUCCUCCAAGGUGCAGGAAUUGGGAAGAAAACUAGGCCUUGAGAGACCAGUAGUUGUGCAAAGCAUGUAUAUCUUCAAGCAACUUGGCAUUGGUGGCGAAGUGACCCCGCACCAGGAUGCCACCUUCCUGCACACAGAGCCUCUGGGCAGAAUCCUGGGGUUCUGGAUUGCCCUGGAGGAUGUCACGCGGGAGAACGGCUGCUUGUGGUUCAUUCCUGGCUCUCACACCAAUGGAAUUAGCCGGAGAAUGGUCCGUGCAGCUUCAGGUACCUCAACACGUGUUGUAGAGUUUGUAGGGUCAGAGCCAGCCUACGAUGACAGCCAGUUCAAACCUCUGCCUAUAAGUAAAGGUGGACUCAUUCUCAUCCAUGGUGAAGUCGUCCAUAAGAGUGAACUGAACAGCUCAGAGUCUUCUCGCCAUGCAUUCACCUUCCAUGUGAUGGAAGCCAAAGACACCAGCUGGAGCAAAGAGAACUGGCUCCAGCCAACUCCCGAACUGCCUUUUCCAUCACUCUACACUUCAAGUUAGUGAUUGGCUUCUGGAGUUAAUAGCUGAUCAAUAUUCCUUGCUGGUUGGUUGUUCGUGUUCCUUUUAAAUACAACUUUCACUAGAUCAGCUCUCAAGAUGAAUUUGUCCUCUUCUCAGAACAAGGACCCUUGACACAGCUAAACACACCUGCAUUAGACAGAAGCUUCUACUUCAGCAUGAGCCCUAUGACUAUGAGAAUAGUUGCCCAGUCCUUUUGGUAAGGAAACUUCUUCAGUCUUGAGAAUAGACCAUUGAAGAUCAUUGUACCUUGACUGGGACUAGUUAAGAAGUAUUUCUUCUUGCAGAUACUCAGUAUUUUCUUCUGUUUAAGUCAAGAGCUUGUCUAGUGCAUUUCUUGGUUGUGGCGAUCCCAGCAAUGCAGGUGAACGUGUUGUCUGAAGAUGGCUGACUUUUACCCUUAGGUCUCUGUCCUACUGUUUGAAUAAUAGUGAUUAAACAUAAUCCUAUUGUGGGCAAAAUGAAGCAGGAAGUCUACUUUUAUAAUCAAUCUUCUAAGUAUUUCUAGCAAACUGCAGCUGAGUGUUUGAUCUCUAGGUGUGUUGAUUAAAAAUAUUACAGUUCUCAAAGAAUCAUGUUGAAAUUACGAAAACAAAAAACCCUAAUCAAACUCCUAACAUUUAAAUAAAAAAAAUCAGAAAUUCUC